CGAUGGCAUCCUCUCAUCAUCUUAUGUUGAUUGCUCAUUUCUAACAACAUUCACAGUCUUCGUUCUUCUUAUUUUUCAUUAUUUUACCUUUUUCAUUCUUCUUUAUUCGACUACUACAUCUUUCCAUCCUGGCUACUAUAGUCCAGAUCCUUCUUUCUUGAUCAGUUUCUACUUCUCUCACAUUCUUGAGCAGCAGUUAGGACAAGACUUGGGACCGUCAUAAACGCCAACGGACACCCACUAGACUCUACCACUUCCAUUUAUUCUACCCUUUCUUCUUUCAAGAUGCAAAUGCUCACAAAGUUCGAGUCGAAGAGCAAUCGUGUCAAGGGCAUUGCUUUUCAUCCAAAACGACCUUGGAUCCUUGCAGCCUUACAUAACGGCUCUAUCCAACUUUGGGACUAUAGAAUGGGCACACUUCUUGAGCGGUUUGAUGAGCAUGAUGGCCCUGUCCGUGGAAUUGCAUUCCAUCCCUCUCAACCCUUGUUUGUAUCUGCUGGUGAUGAUUACAAGAUCAAGGUCUGGAAUUAUAAGACGCGACGGUGCCAAUUCACACUCACGGGCCAUCUAGACUAUGUGCGCACAGUAUACUUUCAUCACGAAUAUCCUUGGAUCCUCAGUUGUUCAGAUGAUCAAACGAUUCGUAUCUGGAAUUGGCAGUCUCGCAACUGUAUCGCCAUUCUGACAGGUCAUAAUCACUAUGUUAUGAGUGCACAAUUUCACCCUAAAGAGGAUUUGAUUGUCUCUGCAUCUCUGGAUCAGACAGUUCGUGUCUGGGACUUUUCAGGCCUCAGAAAAAAGAAUGCUGCACCCGGAACUGUUGCGUAUGACGAGAGUGCGCACCGUGCAUCACAGCAGGCAGACAUUUUUGGAAGCACCGAUGCAGUUGUGAAAUAUGUCCUUGAAGGCCACGAUCGUAGUGUCAAUUGGGCAACAUUCCACCCAACCUUGCCUCUGAUUGUUUCUGCCGGUGAUGAUCGCCAAGUUAAGCUUUGGAGAAUGAAUGAGACCAAGGCUUGGGAGGUUGAUACUUGCAGAGGACAUACCAACAAUGUUUCAUGCACCAUCUUCCAUCAGCGUCAAGAGCUCAUCAUUUCGGUGGCAGAAGACAAAUCCAUCCGUGUAUGGGAUAUGUCAAAGCGUACUGCUGUGCAGACAUUUCGCCGGGAACACGACCGAUUCUGGGCAUUGACAGCCCAUCCUGAGCUCAACUUGUUUGCAGCUGGUCAUGACAACGGCUUGAUUGUGUUCAAAUUGGAGAGAGAACGACCGGCUUAUGCUGUACACCAAGCAAAUUUGUUCUACAUCAAGGACAAAUAUUUACGCGUCUAUGACUAUGGCACCUCACAGGACACAGCAAUGUUGUCAGUGCGUCGCGCUGGAUCGCAAUUUGUCCAACCAAGAGCAUUAUCGUACAAUCCUGCGGAGCGGGCUGUGCUGAUCACAUCCACUGUGGAUGGAGGCACAUAUGAGCUGUACAACUUGCCUAAGGAUUAUGGCGGAGAUGCACGUGAACCAGCCAAUGAGGGCAAGCGAGGAUCAGGCAACUCAGCGAUCUUUAUUGCGCGCAAUCGAUUUGCGGUCCUUGAAAAGGUGGCGCAGACGAUUACAAUUCGCGAUCUGCAGAAUAACAGUACAAAAUCGUUCAAGGCACCCAACGUGGUGAAUGAGAUAUUUUAUGCAGGUACGGGUCAAUUAUUGUUAAGUACACCAACAUCAGUGAUCUUAUAUGAUAUUCAGCAGCGGAGGACAAUCUCGGAGGUGACGACGCCUCCGGUCAAGUAUGUCGUAUGGUCGACGGACAUGGCAUAUGUGGCUCUGCUGAGCAAGCAUACGAUCACGGUUGCGACCAAGUCAUUGGAACAGACAUGCUUGAUCCACGAGACUAUCAGGAUUAAGAGCGCAGCAUGGGAUGACAGUGGCAUCUUGAUUUACUCGACGUUGAACCACAUUAAAUACGCACUUCCUCAGGGUGAUAAUGGAAUCAUUCGUACAUUGGACCAGCCCAUCUACCUAACGCGGGUCAAGGGCAAGAACGUUUACUGCCUGGAUCGAGAUGGCAAGACACGAACGAUCUCUAUUGAUCCAACUGAGUAUCGAUUCAAGCAGGCGCUGACGAAGCGCAACUAUGAUGAAGUUCUGCAGAUUAUCCGUAACUCCAACUUGGUGGGACAAUCCAUCAUUGCAUAUCUGCAAAAGAAGGGCUACCCUGAGAUUGCACUUCACUUUGUACGUGAUGACAAAACACGGUUCGAGUUGGCGUUGGAGUGCGGCAACCUAGAGGUAGGAUUGGAAACAGCCAAAUCGAUCAACAAGGAAGAAAGUUGGAACAAGUUGGCACAGGAAGCGCUUCGACAGGGCAAUCACCAAAUUGUGGAGAUGUGCUAUCAGCGCGUCAAAAACUUUGACAGACUUUCGUUUUUGUACCUGGUAACUGGAAACACAGAUAAGCUAUCUCGAAUGCUCCAGAUUGCGGAACUUCGCGGUGAUGCCAUGUCACGCUUCCACAACUCGCUGUUUUUAGGCAAUGUCGAGGAGCGUGUUCGCUUGCUGCGUGAGAUUGGACAGGCCCCGCUGGCAUAUUUGACCGCCAAGACACACGGCAUGAACGAUAUUGCUGAGGAGAUUCUAGAAAGCUCUGGAUUGACAGCAGAGGAUGUUGUAGAUCUUCCGAGACAGGGUACACUGCUGGUUCCACCACGACCACUGAUGCGUAUACACGACCUGAACUGGCCACAGCUUUCAGUGUCGCGCAGCUACUUUGAAAGUGUGUUCUCAGGAGAUAUGGAGGGUGUUGCACCACAGGCGCCAUUUACAGCAUCGGAGCCGGAACCCCAAGUAGACCAAUGGGGCAUGGAUGAUGAAUUUAGCAUUCAAGCAGUGGAGCAGAAGGGAGCAUCUUUGGCACCAAUUGGGAACGAUGGAUUUGACGUUGAUGGUGAGGGUGGAUGGGAUUUGGAUGCAGAUCUUGCAGCAGAACUACAUGCGGAGACUGGAGCUAUUGUUGCUGAGGAUAGUGGGCUGACGAUCCCUGUUGCUGGGCAGAGCGAAGGAGAAAUUUGGUGCCAGAACUCGCCAUUGGCAGCGGACCAUGUAGCAGCAGGAGCAUUUGAGUCUGCGAUGCAGCUCUUGAACCGACAAGUGGGUGCAGUCAACUUUGAGCCACUCAAGGACCACUUUUUGUCGAUUUUCCAGGCCAGUCGUGCGAUUGUUACUGGUAAUGAAGGCAUGCCGCCGAUUACACUACCAGUUCGCCGCAAUCCUACGGAAACUGAUUCAAGGAAAGCGUUGCCUGUGCUUGUCAAGAAUUUCCAGUCAUUGAUCUCCAAGGAGUUGCAGGAUGCGUACAAGCUGACAACGUCGAAUAAGAUCACAGAGGCAUGCACGUUGUUCAGAAGUAUUCUACAUACUCUAUUAUUGACAGUUGUUACUCAAGCAUCAGAGGCUGAAGAGGUAUUGCAGCUUGUGGGAGUCUGUCGCGAAUACAUACUUGGAUUGAGCGUAGAGCUGAGCCGUCGUGAGGUCCAGAAUGACACGUCGGCAGCAGGGAUUAAGAGAAUGUUGGAGUUAGCAGCAUACUUCACAGCGGUCCAGCUGCAGCCAAAACACAUGAUUAUCAGUUUGCGUACAGCAAUGACAGCAUGCUAUAAGCAUAAGAAUCUACAAUCUGCGCAGACAUUUGCACGUCGGUUGUUAGAGCUGGCUCCUCCAGGACAGGCAGCAACGCUUGCGCGACAAAUCCAACAGGUUGCGGAGCGUAACCCUCGUGAUGAGAUUCAGCUGGAUUAUGAUCAGUACAACUCGUUUGUGGUUUGUGGCAUUUCGUACACGCCCAUCUAUCGUGGGUCACCCAGUGUACAAUGUCCCUAUUGCCGAGCACACUUCAAGCCUGAAUUCCAAGGCAAUCUAUGCACAGUAUGCGACAUCUCACAGAUCGGUAGUACCGGGACAGGCAUGGUGGUACUUCCCUAGACUCCUUGCUCCAAAUGAUUGAGGCAAAUACCUCCGUAUUCCAGACUUCCACUCUCAUUUGCUCUGCAAUGCAAAUAGAAGUAGAUUAAUAAACUAUUCAGGUCAUUUUAAUACCAUG